UCAUCAUCAUCAUCAUCUUCAUCGCUCCACUUCAACAUCAAAAGCUUAACCUUCUGAUGGGAUUGGGUGAAGGAGAAAUGUCUCAACGUAAACAUCAAGAGAGCAGCGCCGUGCUGCGAGUCUCUGCUCUGCCAUUGGUCCGCUCGGCGCUGCAGUCGGUGACCUCGGCGUACUCGGAGGUCAAAGGUCGCUCCGCUCUGCUGGCCCUGGUGGGGGGGGUCGCCGAGCUCGCCGUCAGCAGCGUCUCGCACGCCGCCAUGACACGCGCCACGCCGCUGAUCCAGAGUCUGCAGCCGCAGAUUGAAGUUGCCAACAGCUUGGCUCUGGUUGGUCUGGAGCGUCUGGAGAGAAACUUCCCCGUCCUGCACCAAUCAACAGACGAGGUGAUGGGUCACCUGAGGGAUGCCUUCCUGCUGACUCUGGAUGACGUGCAGCUCUGGUUGGCUGAGGGCCUUGACGGAGUCGUGGAUCAGCUGGCGCGAGCUUCCCGCUCUGCGCUGGCGGCCGUGCGGCUGCUUCAGGACGUCCCGGCCGGCCGCGCCGCCGCCGCGGGAUUGGACAACGCGCUGAGUCGUCUGGAGGACGCCACCGCCUACUUCCUGCCCCUAUCGCCACAGCUGCGUGUGGAGUGGGAGAGGAGGGUGAAGGAGUUUGAUGAUGAAGAGGAGGGUGAUGAAGAGCCCAGUGUGUGGACGAGGCUCCGCAGCCUCCUGCUGAGUCUCAGCCUGCAGCUCUAUGACCUUCUGCUGACACUCAGGGAGACACUACACAACGCUGCACACAAGGUGGGUCUUGGUUGGGUCCUACAGACGGUUGGGCAGUUGCUGCAGUACCUGCAGAGCCUCCUGGUGGCGCUGGCCUACCGGGCAGAGCGUCUCCGAGAGCUGACCCUGAGCCAGCUCCGAGGCCGGGCCGCCAUGUUGGCCGAGCAGAGUCCCGUACGUCGGAUCACAGAGCUACCGCCUCAGAUCCAGCAGCCUCUCGGAGACCUGCUGGAACUCUCCCAGAUGCUCCUGCAGCUGGUGAUUAACGGCACGCCGCUCUACAACCUGCUCCAGCAGCCAUCUGCUCAAGAGGUGGAGGACUUCGUGAACCAGGACUUUACAGCCGACGGUUCGUCUCAUCGCAUUUCCGCUAACAGUCUCUUCCUGAAGGCGAUGGACGGACGUCCUCGCCAUCGGAGUCACGCUGCCCGAGGCUCCGUGGACCCCCAGACCCCCGACUCCCCCAAUGGCUGCCAGCGCUCCAGCCUGAAGGAGCUAACAGCCCUGAAGGUGGAGGAACAGCCGCUCGCUUCCGGCCGUGACUUUCACCGCCGGCCAUCCGAGAAGAUCUUUGAUAACCUGAGCCCCGACAACGCAGACGAUGCCGGAAAAGCGGACACGGACGACGGAAAAGCUGAAACUGCAGAAUCUGAAAAAGCCGAAAUUGUAGAAUCCGAAAACACUGAAAAAGCCGAAAUUGCAGAAUCCGAAAACACUGAAAAAGCCGAAAUUGCAGAAUCUGAAAACAUUGAAAUUGCAGAAUCCGAAAAAGCCGAAAUUGAAGAAUCUGAAAUCGCUGAAAAAGACGAAAUUGCUGAAUCUGAAAACAGUGAAAUAGCCAUAAUUACAGAAUCCGAAAACGCUGAAAUAGCCGAAAUUGCAGAAUCCGAAAACGCUGAAAUUGCAGAAUCCGAAAAAGCCGAAAUUGUAGAAUCCGAAAAAGCCGAAAUUGUAGAAUCAGAAAACGCUGAAAUAGCCGAAAUUGCAGAAUCCGAAAACGCUGAAAUUGCAGAAUCCGAAAAAGCCGAAAUUGUAGAAUCCGAAAACACUGAAAAAGCCGAAAUUGCAGAAUCCGAAAACACUGAAAAAGCCGAAAUUGCAGAAUCUGAAAACAUUGAAAUUGCAGAAUCCGAAAAAGCCGAAAUUGAAGAAUCUGAAAUCGCUGAAAAAGACGAAAUUGCUGAAUCUGAAAACAGUGAAAUAGCCAUAAUUACAGAAUCCGAAAACGCUGAAAAAGCCGAAAUUGCAGAAUCCGAAAACACUGAAAUUGCAGAAAAAGCCGAAAUUGCUGAAUCUGAAAACACUGAAAUAGCCAUAAUUACAGAAUCCGAAAACACUGAAAAAGCCGAAAUUGCAGAAUCCGAAAACACUGAAAAAGUUGAAAUUGAUGAAUCUGAAAACACUGAAAUUGCAGAAUCAGAAAAAGCUGAAAUGGCAGAAUUCGAAAAAGCCGAAAAAGCUGAAAUUGCAGAAUCCGAAAAAGCCGAAAAAGCUGAAAUUGCAGAAUCCGAAAACGCUGAAAUUGCAGAAUCCGAAAACGCUGAAAUUGCAGAAUCCGAAAACGCUGAAAUUGCAGAAUCCGAAAAUACUGAAAAACACGAAACUGCAGAAACCGGCUACGACCAAAAAGAUGAAAAUGCAGACAUUGGCAAUGACGACAACGGCAAACUGCAUCCGACGCUGCAGUUUGUCUUUCAGAGCCAGAAAGCCUUCGAGGACCCGAGGCCCGACUCCUCCGACGACAACGCCGAAGUGGGCUCCGGCUUGAAGGUGGAGGAACCGUACGCCGCCAUAAGCCACCGCCGGCCGUCUGCUGCCGAGCUGCUCCUCGCGCCACUCAAACAGUUCGUCUCUCAGAGCCAGAAGGUCUUCGACUUACUGAGCCCCGACAACGCCGAAAACGCAGAGAGCGCCGAAACUGACGAAGACGCUGAGCGUCUACUCGAGCCGCUCAAAGAGUUCGUCUCACAAAGUCAAAAGGCCUUCGAGUUACUGAGCCACGACAACGCAGACGAUGCCGAAAAAGCCGAAAUUGCAGAAUCCGAAAACACUGAAAACGCCUAAAUUGCAGAAUCCGAAAACACUGAAAACGUCAAAAUUGUAGAAUCCGAAA